ACGCGCUCUCCCAGCAUUCAGUGGGCGCGCGGGCGGCGGGCAUCUCAGUCCCGAAGGCUGCGGCCGCUGAGUGGACGGUGUUGGCCGACCGCUGAGCCGACGCGGACCAGGUGGAGGGAGGGACCGCAGGUGCACACCCGCUCGUCAUGAAACCCCCCGCAGCCUGCGCAGGAGAUGCCCUGGACGUGGCGGCACCGUGCUCGGCGGUAAACUAUCUCCGGUGGGACCUGAGUGCCCAGCAAAUCAGGGAGCUCACCGCCGAACUCAUCGAGCAGACCAAGCGCGUGUAUGACCGCGUGGGCUCCCAGGAGCUCCAGGAUGUGUCCUACGAGAACACUCUCAAGGCGCUGGCCGAUGUGGAGGUGUCCUACACAGUUCAGAGGAAUAUCCUGGACUUUCCCCAGCAUGUGUCCCCAUCCAAGGACAUCCGGGCGGCCAGCACGGAGGCGGACAAGAAGCUUUCGGAGUUCGACGUGGAGAUGAGCAUGAGGCAGGAUGUGUACCAGAGGAUCGUGUGGCUGCAGGAGAAGGUCCAGAAGGACUUGCUGAAGCCCGAGGCGUUGCGGUACCUGGACCGGCUCGUCAAGCUGGGCAGGAGGAACGGCCUCCACCUGCCAGUGGACACGCAGGAGAAAAUCAAGAGCAUCAAGAAGAAGCUGAGCCUCCUGUGCAUCGACUUCAACAAGAACCUGAACGAGGACACGACCGUCCUGCCGUUCUCGCGCGAGGAGCUGGGUGCGCCAGGCGGAGGGCUCCCUGAAGACUUUCUGAACUCACUGGAGAAGACAGAGGAUGAGAAGUUGAAGGUAACCCUCAAGUACCCGCACUAUUUCCCCCUCCUGAAGAAGUGCCACGUGCCCGAGACAAGGAGGAAGGUGGAGGAGGCCUUCAACUGUCGGUGCAAGGAGGAGAACUGUGCGAUCCUCAGGGAGCUGGUGGCACUGCGUGCCCAGAAGUCCAGCCUGCUGGGGUUCAGCACGCACGCCGACUACGUGCUGGAGAUGAACAUGGCUAAAAGCAGCCAGGCGGUGGCCGCUUUCCUAGACGAGCUGGCCCAGAAGCUGAAGCCCCUCGGGGAGCAGGAGCGGGCCGUGAUCCUGGAGCUGAAGAAGGCCGAGUGCUCCAAGCGGGGCCUGGACUUCGAUGGGCGGAUCAACGCCUGGGACAUGCGCUACUACAUGAACCGGGUGGAGGAGACGCGCUACAGCGUGGACCAGAACCUGCUCAAGGAGUACUUCCCCGUGCAGGUGGUCACCCGCGGGCUGCUGGGCAUCUACCAGGAGCUGCUGGGGCUGACCUUCCAGCUGGAGGAGGGCGCCGCCGUCUGGCACGAGGACGUGACACUCUACACAGUCAGGGACUUGGCCUCGGGCCAGGUCAUCGGGAAGUUCUACCUGGACCUCUACCCUCGGGAAGGGAAGUAUGGGCACGCGGCCUGCUUUGGCCUGCAGCCGGGCUGCCUGCGGCAGGAUGGGACCCGGCAGAUCGCCAUCGCGGCCAUGGUGGCCAACUUCACCAAGCCCACCCCCGACGCACCCUCCCUGCUGCAGCAUGACGAGGUGGAGACCUACUUCCAUGAGUUUGGGCAUGUGAUGCACCAGCUCUGCUCCCAGGCAGAGUUCGCCAUGUUCAGCGGGACGCAUGUGGAGCGGGACUUCGUGGAGGCGCCUUCGCAGAUGCUGGAGAACUGGGUGUGGGAGGCGGAGCCGCUGCUCCGGAUGUCCCAGCACUACCGCACGGGCACUGCGCUCCCCCAGGAGCUGUUGGACAAGCUCAUCAAGUCCCGGCAGGCCAACACCGGCCUCUUCAACCUGCGCCAGAUCGUCCUGGCCAAAGUGGACCAGGCCCUGCACACGCAGACGGCUGCAGACCCCGCCGAGGAGUACGCCCGCCUCUGCCAGGACAUCCUUGGGGUCCCAGCCACGCCAGGGACCAACAUGCCUGCGACCUUCGGCCACCUGGCGGGUGGCUACGACGCUCAGUACUAUGGCUACCUGUGGAGCGAGGUGUACUCUGCUGACAUGUUCCACACACGCUUCAAACAGGAGGGCAUCCUGAGUGGCAAGGUCGGCAUGGACUACAGAAGCUGCAUUCUGAGACCCGGUGGCUCCGAGGAUGCCAGCGUCAUGUUGAAGCUCUUCCUAGGUCGCGACCCCAAGCAGGACGCCUUCCUACUGAGCAAAGGGCUGCAGGUUGAGGGCUGUGAGCCACCGGCCUGCUGACGGCGCAGGUUCUGCCCAUCCCUGCGGGCUGGACCUGGCUCCCUGGCCCUGGUGCCUUAGCGCCCAGCCGGAAGCAGGGCGGAAAGUGGGGGCCUCCAGCCUGGUGACAGGUCGAGGGAGGGCUACAUGUCCCGCUACUCUCCACGGUACCCCCAGCGGCUGCCCUGGGCGGAAAGGUCUCCGCCUGAGGCGUCUGGGGAGCCUCGUGUCCAUUCAGGGCUCCUGUUUGUUGCACUAACGCGGCCCCUUCCCGGGGAGUUUUCCUAGUUAAGAAACCGUUCUUGAAAUGCAGCCAUUAAAAAAUGACUCCUGGUCUGGU